UUUUAAGGUGGUCAUUAACAAUUUGAAAUUUCGUUAAACAAAGGCAUUGUUUGAAUAAUAAACCGAAAUCCAAACAAUUAGUUUUUGAGAUAUAUCUAUAAAUUAUAUACAUAAUGGACUCGAAUAUAUUGGAGAGUGUACGAGAAGACGAUUAUGUUGAAUAUUAUCUAUUUCCUGAAUGUGGGACACUUUCAGAAUGUGAGCAGGAUAGUUUUCUGUCUGAUAUUUUGGAUAAAUGUAAUAAAAUUGUUAACAAUCUGACAAAGGACCAUUUAUGGCAUAAAGAUAAGUUUAUGUUGUUACCUAGGACUGUGGCAAGUAACAAAUUGGUUAAUUCAGAUGAAAAAAAUGGAAAUUUACUUCCUCACUUGUAUGGUGUCUCACAUUUUGGGGAAAAUAUUGAAGAUGAAUGGCUGAUCGUGUACUUAAUUAAAGAAUUAACUAAGCAAAUUCCGAAACUGGUAGCUAAACUUUUUGAUGCUGAUGGAGAAUUCCUAUUAAUUGAAGCAGCUGAAUCAUUACCUUCUUGGGUCAAACCUGAGACAUCAGAAAACAGAGUAUACAUGUUUGAGGGAAAUGUUCAUUUAAUAGAAUCAGAAUCUCCAGAGGAAGAGGAAAGUAUUGAUAUUAAUGAAGCAAUAAGAAGUAUUAGGGAAGAUCCCAAAAAAACUCAAGCUAAUAAUGAAAUCCAAGAGGCAAUAUUGAAGAGAAUAAAAGGAUAUCCUGACAAAAUUAAAGAAAAUCUUCAUACAUCUAGGGUUUAUAUUCCAGUUGGUGUAGCUGCUAUUCUUAAACAUAAACCAAGUCUAAUAUCAGGUGUUGUACAUGCCUUUUGUAACAGGGAUACUAUAGAUAUGAAGACUUGUCGUGCCAUGAAAUAUUUUCCUCCAGAAAACCGUGUCUAUGCCAACGUCACAUUUCCUAAAUGUUUAUAUGCCAUGAUGAACUACUCAAAAUUCCUUCCAGAUAAAAGAACAGGGUGGAAUUUACCUCAUUCAAACAGUUCAGAAUUUAAAAGCCAUUGCAUGGGUGUCAAAAUUGCUUGUGGAUUUGAAAUUUUGGUGUCUCAGGCUAAACCUAGUCAAGAUUUAGAAACUGACAAAGCUUGGGAAAAAUAUUUAUCCUCUCUCAAGGAAAAGAAUUAUUUCAAUGAUAAUUUGGAACAUUCACGUGAAUAUGUGAAUUUGUUGACCAAAGCCAAAGAAUAUUUCAUCAAUUAUCGAGACUCGAUGUAUUAUUCUCCAUUGAUUGGCCAAGAAAUAUUAGAUUUAAUGAAAAAUUUAGAAUACAAUUUUGAAGAUUACAAAAACAUGGGAGACAACUUACCCAAGGAAGAUGACGACUCUUGGUUAAAUGUCAGUCCUGAAGAACUAGAUAAGUAUUUACAAGAAAGAUAUGGACAAAAAAAAAUUAAUCAAUUCAAUAGCAAUUCCGAUCCCAAUAAUUUCACCCAGAAAAUAUCAACUUUCCUAAACCACGUCUCAGACAUCGAUGGGGCGGAAUUCCCCAACAGUCAGUCUCCUGUGAGACCACCCAGAAGCAAAAAGACAAAGGAUAAAAAUACAGUUGCGUUCAGUGAAAACGUGAAGGAAUCAAAUAAUAAAAUUAAUUUCGAUGCAGAUGCUUUUACCUGUGCCGUUCAAAACAUCCUCAAUUUCGUUAUACCUGAAGAUGAUAAUUGGAAUUUGGAAUCGGACUCGGAAAUGAGCGACUACGAGGAAGAUAAUUUUGUCAAGGAUGAUUCCGAUAAGACUCCUAAGAAUAAAAUGCAGGAAUACAUGGAUGAAAUGGAUAGGCAACUGGCUCAAACCUCAAUAGGAGAGAGCUUUAUCAAAAAGAAUGGGGAUGACUUUGAAGACAUUGAGAGUUUCACCCCUGUAGAUAUAGAAAGGAAUGCAUUGAAAAAUAUUUUGGAAAGUUACAAGUCUCAAUUAGGGGAUGCUGGACCCUCUAGUAAUAUGUUGGGGCCCAUGGGGCUCCACCUGGACAUCUCGGACGACAAAUAAGUGUUAUAAUGUGCAAUAAUGAUACUAGUGAUAUACUCUCCACAAGUAUUUUAUUGAUACACCCAAGAGUAUACCAGAUAGGCAGUUAUUCAAUUCCAUAUAUCUCUUUUCACAUUGGAUAUAUCAAAAUAUCAAAUUGAAAUUAAGAUGUAUAUUCUUUGUGAAUCAUAUUUGUGAUAAAUGUUAAAAUGAAAAAAAUUAAUUUCAAGAAACUCUUGAAUUCGAACAAACUAUGUUGGCAACAUUGGUUAUUUAAUUUUUGAUUUUUAUGUUGAAGGUGGAAACAUAACCAAACUCAUUACAAAAUUUAAAUUUAAAAUCUUUAUUAAAAGUUAUUUAAUAUAAGAAAUAUUACAGAACUUCUGAAUAAACCCUCACAUUAAUAUAUCAUAUAUUUAUUUAUUUGCUUGAAACACAAUAUCAACGAAGAUUAUAUGCAAAAUAAAAAAAACUAAAAGUUCGGAAAUUAGCUAAUAAUAAAAGUAACAGUGAAGAUCAUUCUGAUUUAAUUUCUUUAUCAGUAAAUUGUAUUUCCAGGCAAAUAAAUACAGAUGAUAAAAUUGAAACGUCUAUAAUUUUAUAAAUGUAAUGUUCAUACAAAAUUUCCCAAAUAUUUCUUAUAUUAGCAUAGUGGGCCACAAUCGUAGGAUUUUUUAAAAAGUAAAGGAGUACCUAUUCAAAAUCUAUUACUCAUUAGUUUU